AUGAACUUGAUAUUUAGUGUCAACAACAUUGAAAAUGAACUAUUUACUGGAUGUUAUGGUGUGGAGCAUGUCAUGGGCUGGAUUGAUGAAGCACGAGAACAUACCACCUGGGAUCAAAACUCGGAAAAACUUCUCAUAACAAAAUUAGAAAGUAUUCACCAGCAUCUGAUUGAUCAUGGAGCUGUACUUCCUGACCCACCUUCUUGCCCAUCCAAGACAAAGGCCAAUGUAACCUCGGAUCCUGUCACAGAACAAUCACCCAGCUCGACAUCAAAUUUAAACCGUAACUCUUCCGAAGCUAGUGUUCCAAAAGGCGUGAAAGGCUUACCUUCAAGAUGCCCAAACUCUACACCAGGUGUCCCGUGUACUCUUUGUCAAGUAGUCUCGACUUCAGCUAAACAUCUCUUCCGCUGUCACUGUGGUGAAUCUAUCUCUACACCUGGAGGUCGCACCCAGAAUGUGGUAGUCCACUGGUCAAAGGGCUUGUGUAAAAAAAAGGCUGAAGCCAUGCGUCAACAGCCUCCGAUUGGUUUGUUCUUUGAAAAGAAGCGACCAGCUCAAGAUAUCAGUCCACGAGCACAUGAAGCCAAACGCCAAGCUUGGCAGACACCAUGUUGUGGAUUGACUGAUGAUACUUGGCCACGGCCAAAGGCUAAAUACCGAAUUCAUGACUGUAUAAUCGGCUCAACAUCUGUAUACCAUGGUGCUCCUAGACGUGAUGUACUUGCUCUGUCGCUUUUCAAGAUCCCCGAAGGCCAAUUGAAUACUGAACAGAAAGCGAAACUCACUCAAGAACGACAUGCCCGCGCUACCUGGAAAAUUGAAAGGCAUGCUGAAAUCAAGGCUAUCUUUUCAACCAAAUGUCUUGGGUCGAUUCUCAAACAAGCCGGACAAGAAUCACCUGUUUGCACUGAAUGUCUGUCGAUCCGAACCGACACAAGCCUUCUACAUGCUCUCAACAAGUCUUAUGCACGCCCUGAUUUCCGGAAAUACAUCCGCAAUAAUUACACUGCUGAGGAUGUAUAUCAUGCUGCUCGACAAGAUUAUCCCGACUUGGAUGUAGCUGCUACUACAAGCGGAGCAUUCAAUCACCUUGAAAUCUUCAAAGGCCUCCUUAAAGCAGUUGCUGUACGAACUGAGCGGACCGCAGCUGGAAAGGGGACCACUGGGAUGCAAUUUCAAUCUUACUUCGAUGACUUUGUGAUGACUCUUGCUGCUAUGAGUCCAAAAGCUGCUCAAUUCUUUACCGAGAACUUCGCUGGUCGUGGUUUACGCAGUCAGCGCCAUUUAAGAGCUGCUACUGGAAUGCAGCUUGCUCACGGUCUUUGUCAACAAAACUUUACUCGACUGGUGGAAGCUCUCAAGGCGAUUGGUUAUAAUGGUCCUCUUUCAUCUGGCUCUGAUGAAACAAAGUGUGAACAGACGUUACGAGUCCACAAUGACCAUGUGGUGGGCGCUCAUGGCGGACCUAUCAAAAUCACAUCCACCGAACAAUUGACAAAGAUGUGUAAAGAUCUUUUGGCAAAGAACGAGCUAUCUUCAAAGGUACCUCUGCUCAACAUGCCAAGUUAUGUAGUUGCCUUACUUCCUAGUCGAGGGAACGAAAAUGCAAAUGAGGUUGCACAGAUGCACGCCACAUUCCUUUCUAUGGCAGAAGAUUGUGGUUUAUCAAUCUUGUCGAUCGGAGCCGAUGGUGCAGCAACCGAAGUCUCAGCACAGGCCAAACUGAUCGACCAGGCCCUCAACCAUCUGGAAUUCUAUUUUGAAUCGGUGGACCUUUGUAUCAAGAUACCUCUGUUUGGACGCCAACAAAAACCACUUAUUGUAGUUCAGGACCCUAAACAUGCUCAAAAAACUGGUGCCAAUCAAAUUCUUUCAGUGCAAACUCGUCACUCUACCAAAAGGAUGUUUUCAAUGUUGAUCGGCAAGACGAUGGCCGAGCAUACCGAACGUUCAACAACGAAACAUUCAAGAUUGCAAUGGCAGAGGGAUUCGCCAGGCCUCAUGUCCUUGGAUCGGAAUGGAAUCUCACACGAGUCUUUCAAGACUUUCAAACAUCUAGCGAUCUCUUUACUCACAUUAAUAAUAGCACAUCGGGAGUAUUAUCCUGAACAUCCGCUCAUGCCGUGGAAGCACGGAACUGAGGCAUGUGAGCAUAUAUUUGGAUGGAUGCGUGUCAUCCUACCCAACUUCACUUUUCUUGAUGCGAUGCAGAUGAUGCCUAAGAUCUUCACCAUCAUCAAGAAUAUCAUGAUGAAGAGAGUAAAAAUUCCAACUGGUGAACACAUCCACUCGGGGUCUCAAUACUCCUGGAAUCAAGCAAGUACUGGUAGUCAAUGUUACGCUCAUCUCACCACCUUUCCAAGUGAUGAACGGAUCAACAUCUUGCUAUCAAUCGCAAAAAGCCGUGCAAAAACCCUCCUUGAGUUCACCGGCAUGCAAGAAAAUCGUGAUGCUCAGUCGGAGUCCCCUAGUACUUCACAAGUCGAUAUCGAUGAUUCGGAAGAUCUGUUCCAAGUCGCACCACCUGAAACCUCUACUCCAACACAACCCAUCCUGAUUGACGAUGAUACUAACGAGGCUGUGAAGGAAUCUGCAGCAAUGGUUGGACGGCGCCACGAUCUAGACGGUCAAUUAGAAGACUUGGGCCUUGACGAUGACGCGAUCAAGGCGGACUAUGUUGCUGCUGGUCAAAAGUCUUUGCAAGAGAUGAACGCUAGCAAUUCUGCUGUUCAAGUAUUUACCAAUAAAGUUGACCUUACACAUGAAGCAUUCUGUUGA